GGAUGAAUAGAGGCAUGGCUCAUUUUCAUUUGUGCUCUCUAGAUGUCCAGAGAAGCCAAGAAAGUUCCUGAGAAUACUUCAGUGCGUUUAUAAAGCACGACUUUUUAAAAUGGGAAAUGUGUCGCUUAAAGUCAGAAAAGUAAUGCUUGUAGUCGAUUAAAGGUCGUUUCUGGUUCUUGUUUACGAGACUGUUCAAGAGGACCAGACACACCUCAGGCUGAGCAUUCAUGGAGAAUACUUUUAUGAAGUGUUACCCGUUGUGUUAGCCUCUGCAAUGCCGUUGGUGUUUUCUACUUCACGGUGACGUUAGCGUUGGCGGACAAAGUUGGCCGUGUGAAGUACUGACGUGUCCCCUGGCUGAGGCUGGACGGACACGCCUGUCGCAGUUUCUGCCCCGCAUCAACGCCUCGUCAAAAUGUCAAGAGCGGGACGACGGUUUAAAGCUUUGCAUGCCAAUAACGGGCAGGCGCUGGCCGGAUGCGAUCCCCGCAGGGGGAGGCGCGUGCGCGUGCUGCUGCUGUGCCUGUGCGGCGCCCUGUCGAUGGCUAUGAUUUUGGCGCUGUACCUUUCAGCAGAGCCCAGCGGAUCAUCACAGCACCAUCCUGAAGAUCUCAUCAAGGACAGGCUCUCUCAUAAGCCAAAUAAAUACUCUGUGGCACAAGCCAAGAAGCUGGCAGGACAGGUGGAUGGGCAUCGGCUAUGGGAGACUCACUUGCGGCCCCUGCUAAUUGAACGAGUGCCCGGGACAACAGGCAGUCAGAUCAUACGGCAGCAUAUCUUGUCUCAGCUGCGUUCGCUGUCAGCUGGAUGGACGCUGGAAGAGAAUGACUUUGUUUCAUCCACCCCUAAGGGUGAUGUGACCUUCACCAAUCUGCUGGCAGUUCUGGACCCCUCGGCUCCUCGCAGGCUUCUCUUAGCAUGUCACCAUGACUCCAAAAUCAUACCAGGAGACCCCAAGAACUCCAAGCGGGUGUUUGUGGGUGCCAGUGAUUCAGCUGUACCCUGUGCCAUGAUCUUAGAGCUGGCCUCCGCUCUGGACAAACAGCUUAAAGCUCUCAAACAGCAGAGGUCUGCGGUGACGCUGCAGCUGGUGUUUUUUGAUGGAGAGGAGGCUUUUGAUGAAUGGACGGACACAGAUUCUCUCUAUGGCUCCCGUCAUCUGGCUGAACUGAUGUCUCGUACUCCUCACCCUGCUGGAUCCAGCAAAAGUUCUCUUUUACAGGCAGUGGACCUGUUAGUUCUUUUGGACCUGCUUGGUGGUCCAGAACCACUGAUUGUCAAUCAUUUUGAUAAUACAGUAAGAUGGUUUGACCGACUGAUCGCUGCAGAGAAGAGACUCCACAAACAGGGCUUGCUGACAUCUCAUCCAUCAGAACAGAGUUACUUCAGGAAGGAUUUUUAUCUUGGUCCAGUACAGGAUGACCACAUUCCAUUCUUAAACAGAGGUGUCCCCGUGCUGCACUUGAUCCCCACACCGUUCCCUGUGUUCUGGCACACGCUGGAUGAUGUAGAGGAGAGGAUGCACAGGCCCACAGUGGAAAACCUCACUAGAAUUCUGGCCAUCUUUGUGGCUGAGUACCUGAGCCUCUAAACAUGCUGUAAUGAUCAUUCUACAGAA